UGUGUUACUACCGUGCAUGAGGCAAAUGGUGGCAUGGUGCUUCUUCUGUCUCUAGACGGUAUUUUGAACAAUGAACAUUCCUGCGUGCACAGCCGCUCCAAGUCCGACCCAACUCUCUCAACCUCCCAAAGGACCCAAACCGCCACCACUCCCAAACCCAACCCAACCUUUCUUCCCUAACUCAAAGCGUUCUGUCUCCCUCAGACAGAGCAACAAACACGUAGACCCUGUUGUCUUGUGGACCUCUUCCAUAGCGCGGUCCUGCCGGAAUGGCCGAAUAGCCGAGGGCGUGGCAAAGUUUGCACGCAUGAGACUUGCCGACGUCGAACCCAACCAUAUCACAUUCGUUGCGCUUCUUUCGGGUUGUGCUGAUUUUCCACUCGAGAGUGUGAUUUUUGGGGCUUCGGUUCAUGGGUAUGUUCGUAAAUUGGGCUUGGAUAAGAACGAUGUGAUGGUUGGUACAGCACUCGUUAAUAUGUACGCAAAAUGCGGCCGUGUGCAUCUUGCGAGAAUGGUUUUCGAUGGGAUGGGUGAGAAGAAUUCGGUGUCCUGGAAUACGAUGGUUGAUGGGUAUAUGAGGAAUGGGGAAGUUGAGGUUGCCAUCGAGCUGUUUGAUCAAAUGCCUAAGAGGGAUGCGAUUUCCUGGACCGCUUUGAUGGGUGGGUUUGUCAAGAAAGGUCACGUUGAGCAAGCGUUGGUAUGGUUCCGAGAAAUGCAGCUCUCCGGUGUGGAACCAGAUUAUGUCUCCAUUAUUGCAGUCCUUUCGGCGUGUGCCAAUUUAGGAACACUUGCUUUGGGGUUGUGGAUAAAUCGAUUUGUUAUGAAGCAAGACUAUGGAGAUAAUAUUAGAAUAAGUAACUCGUUGAUAGACAUGUAUUCCCGAUGUGGGUGUAUCCAAUUUGCUCGUCAAGUCUUCGAGAAUAUGCAGAGGCGAUCGUUGGUAUCGUGGAAUUCAAUCAUUGUGGGCUUUGCUGUUAAUGGCCAUGCAGAAGAAGCUCUGGAGUUUUUCAAUUUGAUGCAGAAGGAAGGGUUCAAGCCAGAUGGAGUCAGCUUCACGGGAGCUCUCACAGCAUGUAGCCAUGCUGGAUUAGUUGAUGAGGGGCUCCAAUUCUUUGAUGACAUGAAGAGUGUUCAUAGACUUGCCCCUAGAAUUGAGCACUUUGGUUGCAUAGUGGAUCUUUAUGGCCGUGCAGGGAGGUUGGACGACGCGUUUAAUGUGAUAGAAAGCAUGCCGAUGAAGCCGAAUGAAGUUGUCUUGGGGUCGUUGCUGGCUGCCUGUAAGACUUGUGGAAAUGUCAGUUUUGCUGAAAGAUUAAUGAAUUAUCUUUCUGAAUUGGACCCUGAUGGCGAUUCCAAUUAUGUUCUCCUUGCUAAUAUAUAUGCAGCCGUUGGUAGGUGGGAUGGUGCAGGCAAGAUUAGAAGGACAAUGAAAGCCCGUGGCAUACAAAAGAAACCGGGAUUUAGUUCAAUUGAGGUUGAUUGUAGCAUUCACGAAUUUGUGGCUGGUGACAAGUCCCAUGCUGAAAAAGAUCGUGUUUAUACAAUGUUAGAGCUUCUAUUCCUUGACCUGAAACAAAGUGGUUAUGUUCCUGAAACUGUAGAAAAAGAAACUUACGAAGAUGAUUGAAACGUCUUAUUGAGGUCUAUCGAAAAGAAACCUGUUCUUGGUAGAUAGAAGAAUGUAAUAUGUCUUGAAACUAAUGAAUUAUGAAGCUAAAGAAAUCAAUUUUUUCGUUCUGUUUUA